AAAGAAGAAAUUUCAAUGAUGUGUGGCUUUGCUUAAAUCUACAGAGCUAACAGUAGGAAUGACUUUAAUGUGCACCUUACUGAAUCAGGAAUCAUGGGUGGAUGUUGGACAUAUAAUUGGCACCUCUGUGAAAAGUUAGAUUUUAAAAAAGUCCUAGAUCUGCCACUGCACAAGUGACAGUGUGAGACUUUAACCAUCCAAAAAAAUGCUAAAGAACUUUAAAAACUGAUGUUAAUCAAAAUCUGGGAUUAUAUAUUUUCUAUUUACGAAAAUGGAUUCAUGAAAACCCAAGAGUGAGGCCUGAUGGUGUAUCAGACUAUAACAGGCUUCAUUCAAGACAGCCAUUAAACGUCUUCUAAAACGAUACAUCCCCCCGUAUAAUGUGAGUAUAAUACAACUGUGGUAUUACAAGGCUUAUCAGGCGACACAUCUCUGUACAAAAAGCCAUCGCGCUGCCUGUCUGCUUCUUAUCUGAAGUGGCAAACUUGCUCUUCUAAUUGUUGCCUUCACACUAAUAGAGUGGAUGUUUUGAAAUCAUUUGGUUGGAUGGAUAAAGGCCUGGUAAUUCCCCCAUGCUCACUGUCUGUGUCAGCGCUUAUCUAUACUGUGGGAGAUAGCUGGGUCCUGGAGAAUGAUUGGCAGCACGCAUGCUGGAGGUGGAAGGUUUGUACAGACUCAAAAUAAGAGGAGGCAUCAUUAAUGCUGCACAGACAUGGAGGAAUGUGUUGCGGAAUUGAAUAGGCCUAUUAUCAGGGGGUUAUUGAACACGUAAUGCAACAAUUAGUCUUAAAAUCUCAAAGUGAGAGUGGUGCACAUACAAGGUCUAUGCAGCAAAUUGUGUAAAGUUUUUUUCUAAUUGAGGAGAAGGGGAUUUGACUUUUCUGUGUUUUUCUCUGUUUUCAUUGGGUCUGAAAACAUCUUGAAAAAGUGUGAUUUUUCUGUUGGGACUGAUCGUGAUAAAGUUGUUUCGAGGCAUGCAUGAAACAAAAAGGGCCAAAACUAAGAGAUAAGUUUGUCAGCAUGGAUUUAGCCUUGCAGUCUAAAGUGGGCUGCAUACGUUUAACUUAACGUGGCGUGCGUCGCUCCAUUAGUUAAAGCACACAUUCCCCAUCAUCCGCCUCCUCCUCCGUGCGCUCCGUCUCUCUGAGCAGUUAAUUGUGCGUCCACUCUAUCGGGACCGGCGCGAUAAUAACGCAUUAAAGAGCCGUGCCUCUUUCAUUAAAGUGGAGUUGGAAAAUGUGAGACCGCCCCCUUUCCAGGAGUCAAAAACGAGAGAGAAAGAAGGAGAGAGAAGGGAGAGAGAGGGAGAGAAUCGAUUAUUUCGCCUCGAAGUAGAGGAGAGAGGGUUUAAGGGGGGAAGCGACGCGGUCAGGGUUGUGUGGGAAGGGGCAGACACGAGCUCUCCAACAUCAAACCCCCGACAGCCUCCAGACGUCCAGCAGCAGCAGCAGCAGCAGCAGCGGGGCUUUACGCACAGCGCCACCGCUCCACGACGCUCCAGUCCACCGGCACCGCGCAGCGCAGAGAGAGAGAGCAGGAGAGAGAGAGGGAGGGAGAGAGAGAGAGAGAGAAAGAGAGAGAGAGAGAGCAGGCGACGCGUCCUCGCCGCCUCCUGAGCAGACACUGUCCGAUCAGAGAGAGAGAGAGAGAGAGAGAGAGAGCGAGGGAGAGAGAGAGAGAGAGAGUUUCCUCUGACAUUAUAGAGAGACUCCUACCACGCACUGUAGGUUACUUUUUUUUCUCCCCCUCCCGGCGACGUCCUCCGCUAAGUUGCGCUCCUGGAUUUUAAGUGCGUCUUGGCGAAGUCCAUCCUCAUCCAGCAGCGGCGGCGAAACCCCUCCUGUCACUCGGCCGGAGCCAAACGACCGGCGCGGACCGGCGCUUGUUGUACCUCUCACUUCAACCCGGACACGAUUUCACGCACAAACAAAGUACAGAUGCUGGAAUCUUUGAGUUGAUUGGAACAAAUAGAAAGCAGGGAAGAAAAAAAACGACGAGAUAAAGGAAGAGUGAAGAAAGGGAAGGAGAAGAAGAAGACGAGAGAGAAAGAGGAAGAAAGAGAAGAGAGAAGAAAGCAUAAAGUUUUUUGAGAAAGAGGAGAGAGAAAAGAGACUGGGACGAUGGGGAGGAAAAAGAUUCAGAUCACGCGGAUUAUGGAUGAACGCAACAGACAGGUGACAUUUACAAAGCGAAAGUUUGGCCUGAUGAAGAAGGCGUACGAGCUGAGCGUGCUGUGCGACUGUGAGAUUGCCCUGAUCAUCUUCAACAGCACCAACAAGCUGUUCCAGUAUGCCAGCACAGACAUGGACAAGGUUCUGCUGAAAUACACCGAGUACAACGAGCCUCACGAGAGCAGGACCAACUCUGAUAUUGUGGAGACAUUGAGAAAGAAGGGCCUAAACGGCUGUGACAGCCCAGACCCCGACGCAGACGACUCGGUUGGCCAUAGCCCCGAGUCCGAGGACAAGUACAGGAAAAUAAACGAGGACAUUGAUCUGAUGAUCAGCAGACAGAGACUGUGUGCGUUGAGCAAGAAGGAGAACAAAGGCGGCGAGAGCCCGGAGCUUGAGUCUGCUCUCAUCCUCACCCCCCGAACUGAGGAGAAAUACAAACAGAUUAACGAGGAGUUUGAUCACAUGAUUAAAACUCAUAAGAUACCUCAGGCCGUGCCCCCAUCAAGCUAUGACAUGCCUGUGUCCAUUCCCGUCAGCAACCAGAACAAUCUCAUUUACAGCCAUCCCGGUGGUUCCCUAGGCAACCACAACCUGUUGCCACUGGCACACCAUGGCCUACAGAGAAACAGCAUGUCUCCUGGAGUUACACACAGACCCCCCAGUGCAGGUAACACAUGUGGCCUCAUGGGUGCUGACCUCACCACUGGCGCAGGCACCAGUGCUGGAAAUGGAUAUGGGAACCACCGCAACUCGCCUGGUCUGCUGGUCUCUCCGGGCGGCAUGAACAAGAACAUGCAGGCAAAGUCUCCCCCGCCCAUGAACUUGGGCAUGAACAAUCGCAAACCAGACCUACGUGUGCUCAUCCCUCCCGGCGCCAAGAACAACAUGCCCUCCAUCUCUGAGGAUGUUGACCUGCUUUUGAACCAGAGAAUAAACAACUCUCAGUCGGCCCAGUCACUGGCCACCCCUGUGGUAUCAGUAGCAACUCCCACUCUACCAGGACAAGGCAUGGGCGGUUACCCAUCUGCCAUCUCUACUUCUUAUGGUACCGAGUAUUCCCUGAAUAGUGCGGAUCUGUCCUCCCUGUCCGGCUUCAACAGCGGCAGCUCCCUUCACCUUGGCUCAAUGAGUGGGUGGCAACAGCAACACCUUCAGAACAUGCAGCAUUCAGCCCUCGGCCAGCUAGGAAAUUGCUCUAACUCUCACUUAUGUCAGGGUUCAAAUCUCUCCCUGCCCUCUGCUCAAAGCCUGCACAUCAAGUCCGAACCUGUUUCUCCUCCCAGAGAUCGCACCAACAGCACAUCGGGGGUCUACGGCGGCGGGGUACAACCUCCCCACAACACCUCGUCCCGCCAGGACUCGGGACGCUCCCCAGUUGAUAGCCUGAGCAGCUGUAGCAGCUCCCACGAGGGCAGCGACCGCGACGAGCACAGGAAUGAGUUCCACUCACCUCUGGGACUGUCCCGGCCUGCCCUGGAUGAACGCGAGAGCCCCUCCAUCAAGCGGGUGCGCCUGUCAGAAGGAUGGGCGACAUGAUAGCUCUGUCCUCUCUCCCUUGCCCCGAGUUGCCCUGAGCCCCCCCGACAACGCAUCGUCACAGUGCCCCCCAAAGUCAGCUCCCUCCUCUUCCGCCUCUCACUUUACGUGACGAGUCACUCACCACCCAACCCCAUGGCCUCCCCCCUUUUAUCUCUUCAACGCUGAAGGAAAGAGAAGGGACGACCCUUUUCAAAAAUCUGUUUCUAAUUUCUUUUCCCUUUUGGUUUCUUUUUGCUGAGUGUGUGUGUGCGUGUGUGCGUGUGUGUGUGUGUGUGUGUGCUAUACAUAUUGACAUUAUAUAUACCAGUGGGGUGUUGUAAUGGGGGGUUUGGGAGGGUGGGUGUUGAUUGGGAUAGGAUCAGGGGGGUAUUUUUGUUGGGGAACUAUGCAUAAAUUGUAUUGUGUGUGGAUAAAAAGAAUCACGUAUGCAUAUAUCUUUACACGUGUGUGUAUGUGUACAUAUAUGCAUAUCAACAAAUAAACAAAAAAAUAGUCAGGUACUCUGUUUCAUAAAACGUACGUACAAUUUGCCUCAGCGAUAUAUCAGUGAGUAGAGAUGAAAAAAAAGAAAGAAAAAAAAACAUUAACAUGAGUGUGAGUGUGUCCAGUGGAAAACACCUUAGCACUUGAGUUGGACAGACAAUACAUGUGUACAGUGUCGGUUUCAUUGCUAUAUACCUUCUCUGCAGUUCUCCCUUGCAAAAAUGUGUGUUACCAUUAGAUGAUGUCAUGUUGCAGGUUCAACGUAUUUAUGUAAAUAGAGGGUGACGGGGGGGACGGGCAGGGGUCGAGUUGCCAGACGUUACAAGGUUUAUUUACUCACUAAAUGAGGAGCUUUUAUGCAACAUUUGAAGGAUUGUACAGGUAAACAGACGAAUCUGAUGCUAAACGUGUGGGACCUUCGGCCAUUUUAGCGCUCCCCUUAAAGACAGGAGCUGCACGAGGACCACCCCAUUGAUCUAAGAGCUACGUUAGUGUAAUCAAGAAAACUCUCGAUCUAGUAUUAACUAUUCAGUAUUAACAAACAAAAAAAGAAGAAAAAUAAAAAACAAUUGUACGAUACACUUGCUUAUAUUUUCAUAUGAAAGGAAUACAAUGCAAAGCAUUUUUGUGGCUUUUUGUAGUUUCUAUAAGCCAGAAUGUGUUUUUGAUAGCUUUGCUAAUAAGAGAUGGAUAGUUCACCCAGAGGGGAAGUGACAGGGCCUCGGAGCCCUAAGCCAUGAAAAACAGACUGAGAUCCAAUGCUUUGCUGAACUGUUUUAUCUUUGUAGAGGUUUGUUUUUAAACGUGUAUUUCUAAUUAUAUAUAAUAAUGGUAAUAUUAAGAAUCUUUUAAAAAAAAAAAUCUGUGAAAUUAACAUGCUUGUGUAUAGCUUUCUAAUAUAUAAAUAUAUAUAAUAAUGAUUUUUUUUUUUUUUGGUUGGUUUCUUAGUGGAGUUUCUAUGUGCAGAUGCACAUUUUGUCUGGUUUGUUUAAUUUGAGCCCUGAGCAGUGCUGUUUUCGGGGGUGUACUUAUAGUCUAACCUUAAAAAACCAGCCGGAGAGCGUGGCCAGAGUUUGUGUGACGGAGCAGAGUCGGACCUGAACGCUGAAAUAACAGCCUGUUAGUGGAAAAUGUCACGAGACUGGAACUGGGGAUGACAGAAUUGAACACUGACACACGAUGUACAUUAUUGUCACUCUGAUGAGGAGAUAUGACCGGGCCUCAGUCCACAUCCACAUUCAUUUUCAUGCAUCAGAUAUUUCAUUCGUAACAUUAAUUACCUAAUUCAAUAUAGUUAAUCUCAUCAGACAUGUUUUUGACAUUAUCGGUUUUCUUCUCCACCACGAUCUCAAGCGUGUGCUCAGGAUGUUGCACGAGCCCAGAGCCAAUCCAUACAAUUUUCUAUUUGAAUCAUCGUUUUUUUUCCCCGUAAUAUGAUUUUUGAAAGUGCAUUGUGAUUAAUUAUCCCCAAUCAUCAGUCUGUGUUGAUUCCUCAUGUUCCGCUCUUCGAAGCAGGGUUCCACAUCAUGUACCCCGUGUCACUGACGGCUCGGCUUCAGACACACAGGGACAAAUUGGUCACGCUGGUUUUGGGAGAAGCACAAUGGUUUAUUUUAGAUAAAACAGCUGUUUUGAUUUUUCUCUUUUUUUAAACAACAAAACUAGCCACAUAUCUCUCCGCCUCCCACUCCCGUAUCUGCUGUCACUUAAGUGUUAUGAUAUUUCUGUGUGCAUAAUUCAUGCAGGUUCACUUUGUUGUUACUGUAUACAGUCUGUGUAGUCGAAAAGGGGCAGAGCCUCUAUAACGGUGUUCUCUCUCUCUCUUCUCUCUCUCUCUCUCUUUUUUUUUAAAUUCAAUACAAAAAGGCUGAGAAAAAAAUAUUCAUAUAUAUAAACAUGAUGUUUCAGGCAGCAUAAGUGUGGAGAAACCAAAGCCAGUGGCAUUUAUUUUUUUUGUGUUGUAAACUCAACUUUUAUUUUCACAUUCAUUUAUGGUUUUUUGCAAGCAUUGAAACAACACAAUAAAAAGAAUUUGCUCAAAUGUACAAUUGGUUUCACAUUUCAAUUUCAGUCAAAUGUAGCGUUCAGUUGUCUUUUACCAAACCACAGUGUUUUACCUGUUCUGUUGCUCAUUCGUCUCCCUGUGCAUUGCAUUGAACGGUUUAUACAGAAAAAGAAAUAUUGUAUCUGCAAUUUUUAUUCACUUUAAAUCAACAGAAUCGUUCAGGCCUGGUGGUGUGAAACGCUUGUGUGAUCAAAACACAUUUACACACUUAUUAUCAUUGAAUUAAUGCAAACAUGUCCUGCUUGUUGUGUCGUUUUGACAUUAAUUCUAACCAAAGACAUGGAGAAAACUUGUCUUUAUAUCUUCUUUUCUGUUUCUUUUUGUGUUUUGUUAAAAUCGGAAGCCAUUCUUUUCCAUCAUCUGUUGAUCAGUUGUUCUCUGUCGUUCUGUUAUUACAGACUAAAUGUUGGUACCUCAAAUUUGACCCAGGCAGUACCUCAGCUGAUGUUUUUGAUAAGUCACCUGCAGUGCAAAGGGGAGACCAUACACCUGUACAGCCAUGUGUAGUGACAUACCAUUGCUUAAGGUCCCAGUAUUCACACGGGAUUCUCUGUUGCUCCAUCGUGUUUGUGGUUUAUUUAAGUUGUAUUCAGAAGCUGAAAAGGAUUUUUUUUUUUUUUUUAAAUGAGUAACAUGUUAAAAUGCUUAAAAAAAAAGUCAGUCUGUAGUAUCAAUGUAGCUUGUAUAAACCUGAAAAUGGGGGAGGUUUGGAACUAAUGUUUUCUGGAAACGCAAGAGCGGCUUUCAGCGGCAAAAGCUGGCCUUUGUCGCCACUUAAGACUAAGAUGGUAUUAAAUUAAAUCCACAUCUCUGUAACUCAAGGGACUUGAUUCAGCUGUAUGUAGUGAAAACGUAUGGGGGAUGAAAUAAAAGUCUCCUCUGCUGGAGGGAAAGGCUAUUUGUAUUUUGCAGAGAUUUCAGUAAAGUUACUGGCUUUCUUAGUUAUCCUGA